AUGUCAAACUACGAUACAGUUGUCCUUGACAUUGAAGGAACUAUUACACCCAUUACCUUUGUUCAUGAAACCUUGUUUCCCUAUGUUACAAGUGGUUUGAAGGCAUUCCUUGAUCGCGUUUGGGAUUCACCAGAAUUAAAGGAUCAAAUUGAAUUACUUCGAAAACAGGCAAAACAAGAUGUUGAUAACAAAAUUCCUGAAGCAAACCUGAUUCCUACUGAAGCAGAAGCUUCACCUGAGGAAAUCAAAUCAAGUGUUAUCAAGAACAUCAACUGGCAAAUGAAGGCAGAUCGCAAGAUUGGUGCUUUAAAAUCCUUUCAAGGUUACAUGUGGAAAGAAGGAUAUGAGUCUGGAGAGCUCCGUGGCGUGAUAUACGACGAUGUUUUACCAAGAUUAGAUCAAUGGAUUGCUGAGGGCAAAAAGAUUUACAUUUAUUCAUCCGGAAGCGUCCCUGCUCAAAAGCUUCUUGUCGGAUUCUCGACCAAGGGAGACUUGUCAAAAUACUUUUCUGGAUACUUUGAUACAAAAAUUGGCUUAAAGAUUGAACCUGAAUCUUAUAAAAAGAUUGCUCAGGAAAUCAACAAGGAAUGCUCAUCCAUUCUAUUCGUUUCUGACAAUAUCAAAGAGAUUGUUGCCGCUAGUGAAGUUGGUUAUCAAGUCGUGAUCUCAGAUCGCCCAGGCAAUGCCCCACUUGGAGAUGAAAGUAAAGCAUUCAAGAUUAUCACUUCAUUUGAUCAAAUAAACUAG